AUGGCCCCAGCAAAUUCCCGGACAACUCUUACAGGUCCCAUGUAUUUGUCAUCCUCCCUCCGAUGCUUCCACUCACAAGGUAUGAUUGGUUCUAGCCUCACGUAUACCCUAAGUCCAACUGGAAAUGCCACCUCCCGCGCCACAUUUCCUGAGUCCGCCUCGCCUUCCUCAAAGGCAUAUUCUAUGGAGGAGAUGGGAUCCGACUCCAUCUCGCUCUCUUCUCCUUUGGACUCUUUAGGGGGAAGGACGACUAAGGGUUCCACAAAAUUUAUUUCCUCAUCAUCUUCCUCGUUCGCCUCUUCCAUCAUAUCUUCUCCCAGCUCCUCCUCCUCUGGUUCAGACUCGAAAACCUCUGCCUAUAUUUCUGGAUCGCUUAGUAAAGGCUCCUUUUCUAGGUCAGAUUCUGGGUCCGAGAGCCAGUCAUCGCUGUGUGGUGGGUUCAACAUCCUACAAAGGAAAUACAACACUAUUACACUCUUGGUAAGGCUUUAUAUCAUAAAUGUUUUUAAUUGA